AUGGGUGCCAAAGAAGGAUCGAUUUCAUGCUUUCAUGUAAACCUUCGAUUAGAUGGAAUAAUUUCGUUUCUUGCGGGUCUACAAGUGGUCAGGGUACUCUGGGAAAUCUGGGCUUCUUUAGACAACACAUGGCCAAGUGCUCUCGAUAGAACCAUUAUGCCAACUGUGUAUGGAUCCUGUAUUCUCAGUAUUAUGUUGAUGAUUAUUAGUGUGUGUACUACUUGGGGAGUUUACAAGAAAAAUAUAGCUGCAAUAAACAUCAGUUGGUGGACUUAUUACGUCUUGACUGUACUGGCAUUCUUCAACAGUGCAGGACACCUUUCGAUUAUAUGUGUUACCAAGGGAACCUUUGUGGCCGAGUGUAUAAAAGAAUCUUCUGUGAAUCUUGUUCUUUCGGCCUGUCUGCAACGUUGGGAAGCAUUAUUGGUGUGGGCUACAGUAUCCACCAUGCUGGGACAAAUAGUCAAUAUUGGAUUUACAUAUUGUGUAUAUCGUUACAGAAUACUCCACCCUGCUAAACUUGACAUGACUCAAGUCAGGCCUGGUGUCUUGCCUCUACACCGAACCGAACGAUCCAUAAUUGAUGACGAGGGUUUUCAGGUUGUAGAAUUGAAAUAG